AUGGCGUCGGGCACGAGGGGUGCAGAGGCGGAUCAGAGAUUGAUGGAUAUGGAGAGGCAUACAAAUGAAAUGUUGGUUGAAAUUGGCCAGAGGCAGACCAUAGUGGAAAUAAAUUUUGAGGAAUUGAAGCAGGCCAUUGCGCUGCUCUCUACCCAACAACAUAAAUUGCUCGCGAAGGAGGAGCCAAAACCGCCGGAGGCUGGAGUGGGAAAUUUGGAGUUGCCGCCAGAUCUGGGUAGACAUACUCGUUAUGAAUUUCCUAAAUUCGACGGUGCCGGAUUGGAAGGUUGGCUGAUGCGAGCAGAUUUUUUCUUCGAAAUUGGGCGUGUUCCGGAAUCUGAGAGAGUUCGUGUUGCAGCCCUGCAUCUGGAGGGUCGUGCCUUGCAAUGGCACAAAGGCAUCGUCACUCUUCAUGGUGAUGUCGCUUAUCGAUCAUGGAAUUGUUAUGCCAACGGACGCGCCGCCCGAUUUGGCACCCACGCUUAUGCUGAUCCUCUUUUGGAUCUGUGCAAUCUGAGGCAAACCGGGUCCUUACAGGAGUAUAUGGAUGAAUUCGAGGAGCUGUAUCCGUGCACGGGUAUCCGUGAGUACCAGGCUAUGAGCUUCUUUCUCUCCGGAUUGUUCGACGAAUUGCAGAUACCGGUUCGGAUGUUCAAACCGACUUGCCUAGCUGAUGCGUAUGCUUUGGCCAAGCUCCAGGAACUCACAGUGAGGGCGAUUACAGGUAAGCCUAAACCGAGCUAUAAUAGCAGUGUGCAACCUUCGAAUUUUAGCUCCAGCAGCAAGUCGCUCACAUUGGUCGAUGAGAGCUGUGGGAAGGAUGACUGUGAGGCGGAGGAAGGGUUGGAGGGGGAAAUUGAGGCUGGUGUUGAUCUUCAAUUGUCAUUGAAUGCGAUGUGGGGAACUCAGGGUGCGCGAAUCAUGCGUAUUAGAGGGCGGUGUCAGGGGCGUAACUUGAGAGUACUGAUUGAUACCGGAAGCACACAUAAUUUUGUGAAUUCGCAAGUAGCGCAGAAACUCAAGUUCUCUCUCGUAAAUGUUCCUAUGGUAGCUGUUGAGGUGGCUAAUGGUCAGAUGUUACAGUGUCAUCAAGAGGGCAGUGGUUGUCAACGAGAUAUCGCAUGGAAUUUUGGUACAUUGCGUAUGAGUUUUAUACUCGAUAGUGUGGUGUAUGUGUUACAAGGUGAAGGGUGGGGGCCUAAAGCAUCAUCUCUCACUUGCUUGAAAUUACUGUCCCAAUAUAUUGAGGAUGAGGGUGAUACUCAUUUCACUGAUAACAUUCGGAUUGGUGAGGUUAUGUCGGCUGUGGAAGGUCAACUUAUGCGUUGUGCGUCGCUCUUGCAGGUUGAGCCUUGGCCAGAAUUGCUUCACCUCUUAUCUUAUUUUGCGGAUAUAUUUGAGGAGCUUAAAGGGUUACCUCCUAGGCGUAGCCACGAUCAUCGUAUCGUGCUGAAGGCAGGUUCUGAGCCUAUUAACAUUCGCCCUUAUAAGUAUGCGGCGCAACAAAAAGAUGCGAUUGAGAGUAUGCUUAAGGAAAUGCUGGAAGCUGGUGUGAUUCAGCAUAGUCGGAGUUCUUAUGCUAGUCCAAUCGUCUUGGUGAAGAAGAAGGACGGAUCGUGGCAGAUGUGUGUGGAUUAUCGGUCCCUAAAUGCCAACACGGUUAAGGAUAAGUAUCCGAUUCCGGUGAUAGAGGAACUUUUGGACGAGCUUGGUGGUGCAGGGUGGUUUUCGAAGAUCGAUCAUCGAUCAGGCUAUUGGCAGGUCUGA